UCAUUCUUCGUCGAGCUCUGGUGGGAAUUCGAAGUGCUUGUUGAUUUCCUCCAGCGGCGCGCCCUGCUCACGGGACAUCCAUCGACGGGCCGUGAUGAUGUUGUCGGUCCUACACACACACACACACACACACAGAGGACACAGAGAGAUAGGGAGCUCGUGCCUGUCGCUAGACGAAUGAGUGCAUGUCUUACCAUCUCUCGACGGCUUGUUUGGCCAUGUCGAUUUCCUGUCGCUUCUGCUGGAUGGCACGGGGGUCGUUGGAACGGAACGCAGCCAGCGACUUGUCCAACUCCUGUCACACAGCACAACACCAUGUCUCUCCUUGUCUUUCUCUUGUGCGUGUGAGUGUGACCUCCGUCUCCUGUUGCAGUGUGAGCAUUUUGUCGAGGUUGGCCUUGUAUGUCGCGUCACCGGCACUCUUGCGGGCCUCGUCCAGCUUGACCGACAUCGACUCGAGCUCAUCACGCAGACGAGCCUCCUCCUCACUGACACACAACAACUCGAUGACACACACUGAUGGCACAGAGACAGGAAGGCCGCCUCACCGCAACGAGGUGAGCAGCCUUUCCUGAGCCUUCUUCUGCUCAGAUGGCAACGCCCUGCGCGGCCAGUCCACACACAGACACACAAAGAACGGCACAUCCAUGCACGUGUUUCGCCUGAUGGAUGGAGUUGGCUGACCACUAGAUGUUGGAUGCGCCGACUUUGUCUGUGAGUAUGAUGCCGUCUUUCACGAGCUCAUUCACCACGUCCUUGACCGACUGAAGCACAAUCCCGACACCAGUAGCUGCACACAGACAGAGUGAGACACAAUCAACCAUGGGCAGCGGCGUGUGAUCACUUACCGAGCUUCUCUAGUUGCUUCAUGGUGAAGAAUGACUUGCUCUUGUGCAUGGCGUCGGUGAGUCUGCGCUUCUUCUCGUCGAACGAGAGGCCCUUGCCGCCCUUGCCUCCACCCUUGGGCGGCAU